CGUUUUCUUUGUGGAAAAUUUUUGUAAACAGCAACAACAACAACAACAACAACAACAAUAACAACAACAAGAACAACUUCUCUAUUUACAUUAGAUACUAGCAGUAUAAGUUAUAGCUGCGUCGUAUACAUAACACGGCCUAUGCACAGAACGAAGAUAUAGAGCACAACAACGAUACAGUACUGCAGGAAAGUUAACGUGUUUUGCGUAUUGCCAUUCGUUACGUGCGGCAGAAAGCGUGAGAGAGCCGCCGUUGUUGUGAAUCGGCUUUGCCGGCUGCGCCUCACGCUGCUUCCGCGGCAAUUGACACGACAUGAACCUACGAGAUCCAGGUAUCCGAGAAGUUUGUCAAUCGCUCAACAGUCGUUGCAUCAGUAAUCCGUCGUUGAACCCCCCGCCCCCUUCGAUGAUGGGUUAUUAAUUCGUUGACGUGGUUGUUGUUGUUGUUGUUGGACAAUAAGUGAGUCGUCGAGAGUGAGCGAGGCCGUGCGCGGAAGGAACGAGAUAACAAGCGAAGGCGCCUCCGCCAGAAGGGCGCGAGGGCGGUCGGGCGUCAGAACAGACAGGCCAACAGGCGGUCGGACAGACAGAUGGAGAUGCACGAACCCAACGGCGAACGAACGAUUGAGGGAACGAACAAUUGGCUGGUCGGCUACUCAAUCUACGGUGGGGCUGUGCAAAAAGCGCUACUGCCUCUAUUUUGUCUGCUGCGCGAAGUGCUAUGCCCUACUAGGCUUGCUUGCUUGCCCGCUGCUGCCGCCGUUGCCGCCGUUGCCGCCGCCGCUGCUGAACAGACGGAGACAGACCUAAAAAAGAAGUCGGUGACAAAAGAGGGAAAGAGAGUAGGCAGGACAGGACUGAAGGAAAAGGAAAGCAGCAGCGGAAGCCCCGUUCGCCCGGCGCUAGCUCCUUGCUCCUCUCUCUUUGUCGGUGAUCGCUGAUUGGGACCGUGUUGGGAUCUGCUGCUCGGAGGUGGACGGACUGACCUAGUUGCUGUGCUCUGCUGCUGUCUGAGUGCGUGCCCUCGUUCGCCGUCGUGGUAUGUGCGCACCUUCGUUUUAUACGUAUGUGAUGUGUGAAUCUGCUGCUGCUACUGCCGCCGCCGCUGCCGCCGCCGUCGCUGUAGGUGUUUGCUGGGAUGAGAGCAGGACGCUAUAGGGCGGCACCAGGAGGGAGAUUGCUGCGAGAGACCAGCCGCCGGUCGCUAAACGCGCCGCCAGCUCCCCCUGGUGGGUUCCUAACCAACUGCGCCCACUCCAAGAGGUUCUCAAGUUGGCUGUGCUCUACCACUGAGCGAGACGUGUUGUGAAGUGAGCCCGCGAGAGCGCGAGUGCUAUUGCUGUGCUGUGAGUGUUUUGUUCUGUCCUGCUCUUCUCUUCUUCUCUGCUGUGGCUACGAGAGAGUGGUGGCGUUGCUGCUGCUGCUGCUGCUGCUCGUGGUGGUGUCUACGCGAGCGACUAAAUGCUGCUGCUGCUGCUGCCGCUGCUACUACCAGUCGAAACUCCGACACCGAGAGAGCAGUGGCGACGGUGAUCGAGCUCAAAAUCAACGCCACAAUCAACGUGUAAUCAAGCAAACUAGAUAGCUAGCAUCAGCGAACGACGGCAGCUGGUGGCAGUAGUAGUGCUGGCGGCAGGUGAUUUCAGUCCGAGCGCACAAUGAUGUUCCAAUGUCCUGUUCAGCUUCAGCCAUGACCACUGCUGGCGGAAAUGACUUGCCGUUUAACGUGAGCCGCCGCAGACAUAGCAGUAGCAGCCAUCGCCGACGAGGCUCUACGAGAAGAGAACCAGCGACGAUCUCCCCCGGCUGUCCCCCCUCUGCAGCAGCAGCAGCAGCAGCAGUAGCAGCAGCAGCAGCAGCAGCAGCAGCAGCAGCAGCAGGAAGCCACUGCGGGCCACCGACCUACCGCCUACUCCACAGGCAGCAGCAGCAGCAGCAGCAACAACAGUCCCACAACGAACGGUGCCACGGUCCUGCCGAGUCCGAGUGUCUACUGACCCUGAUCAGAAUAAAAAGAACUCAAUUUCAGAGCUGAACAACCACUCGUGCUGCUAAUAGCUUCUAAUAUCUACGACGUACCAAGUGAGAGUGUAGUAGGAAACACUAACCGUGGCGUGCGAGUGUGCCAGCUCCUCAGUAUGUCUGAUUGGUCUGCCUGUGCUGGUGCCUGAGACGACCGUCUGACCUAACCUGCUGCGCUAGUAGCCUCCGAUUGCCGCUAUCGCAUUGCUGCUGCUGCUGCUGGUAAACGAGCGAGCGAGUGACCAUGUUUUGCUGGCUGAUUGCAGUUAGUCAGUCAAUCAGUUAGUUAAUAAAUGAGUCAGUGAAUGUUCUCGCCAGUGUUCGUGUUCAUCAACAGACCCCGUCUUCUCCGUCAUCAUUAUUAUUCGCCAAUCAAAAAAUCUAUCGGCUUAUCGAAUUUUGAUGUUGUCGAAAUUGCCGUGCUGAUGGUAUUGUGGAUCGAAACUAGACAUCGAAUCGGAUCAGACGCCAACCGCGCAGCAGACCGCUCUGAUUGAUCAGUCGUGCGCCACAACCAGCCGUCCACAUACGCGCGGCGCGAGGCUCUGCAUUAUCGUCAACGCUGCUUCUACCAUCAUUGCCACGAGCGCAGCCGCUUCUACCGCCGACAAUUGGCAAACUUUUUCCCGCCUGCGGCUGCCAGCAGUCGGCCAUCAAAGCGACUGUAAUAGCAUCAGGCGUAGCACGAGCUCAGAGACUACCUUAAUUCAUAGAUACAGGUGGCGACGUCGACGUCGUUGUAGUCAUCGUCAUUGAGACGCUAUCCAAAAAGCAACGAGAAGAAGACGGUGUGGAAGAUAAACAGAGGAAAUAGAAAGCAACGGUGUGUUAGAGAGAGAACAAGAGGGGGAAAGCUAAAAUCAGGAACAGAUAGUUCUUUUCUCGCAAUCUCAAGCCAUUGGAAGCCAGCGGUCGAUCUUCCUUUUUAUGUCAGCCACAUACUGGGCCACUAGUACCUAUUGUAUCUCGUAGUAAAUUAUCACGAGCGUUUAUCUAGUAUUGCUCGAAGGAACGCAACAAGUCAAGCAAACAAUCAACUUUAUUGUGGGAGUGGGAUUAGCUUCGACGCGGUGAGGAAGGCCUGUGGAUUUUUACUAGGCAAGGAGACUGGAGAUCUGCAACAAAGCUCGCGCUACCAUCAGAAGUAUCCAUAAAAUGAAUGAUAAUUCGCCGAAAAUGAUCUCGUACUUAACUCAUUGUGUCCUGUACUAGGUAUCAUUAAAUUCGCUAUCGAAGGCCCAAUUCAGUUAUCGAACACUCAUCGAAUCGCCUAUAAACGUUCGAAUAGCUAUUGCCUGAUAUUCAAAGGGCAGAUGAGUCUUCUGUGCGUUACGAUACGGUGCAUCUCUGUGGGUGGGCGGGUGUGUAACUAGCUCGAAAGUCGCACGAAAUUCAACGCUUAGCACAAACCUUAGGAAAACUGUUUCGGAUUCCUUUGCUUCUACACAUCGUUGAUACUUUCAAGCAUACCUCAGCCGCAUUAGGCCGUAUGCGGACUAAGCUAUUGAUUUUGAGUAGUAUUCAAAUCUCUCAAAAUGAUCGUCCUUUGCCUUAUUUUCGUCAUCAUUUUGAGUAUGCUGGCACUCCAAGUAUAGCCACCAAAGCAAGCAACGCCAUCACCAUUAUUCAUAGAAGAGAUUUAAUGGGCAACUGAAACGGUGCAUCGCAGGGAAGAGUCCAAGAAAGCCACUCUGUUCAAUUGUCUAGUAAAGCUAUUACGGAAACAAGGUGCAUAGCCGAUUCCUCAUUCGGUGUCCUGACAGCGGACAAGAAAUAGUAAAAAGCGGAAGGAAAUUUAUUUGUGUUGUGCCACUUCGUGUGCGUGUGUCGGUUAAUCGAUCUGGCUCGUCCUCUAUCUAGUUCAUUAUCAGGAUCUGGCCUUGUGCAGAAGGUACCGAUCAAGACAUGCCUGACUCGGGCUCGUGACAGGCCGCGCAGAAGGGCUGGACGCGAGACAGACAGGCAAGCACAGGGGAGGAGAAAGGCAAGGACAACGGUAGAAGUAGCGAACACACGGCCUCUCGGCGUUAAAUCACCGAAGCCACAAGUGAGUGACCCGAUCGCCAGUGGCACGGUGCCUCGCUGACUACCCCUCGGCGGUGGGGUUGUUCUCUGCAAAGCCUGCGUUCCCCUGUUAGAUCUGAUCAGCGACGUGUUACGACAGCGUGGAAACGCUGUUAGCGCGUGCUUGUCCACCACAGUGCGUGCAUGCUAAUAAGUGUUAGACAGAGUGUGCUAAGAGAGUUGUGUUAUUUUUAUUCGCGACGCUCCGAAGCGAGUAAAUCCUUCUAGUUAUAAGAGUGAAGUAUCGCUUUUUGAAGUAGCGUAAGGAAUAUCAUGAGUGAUAUCGGCCCAAGCAUAGAGGAUAAUCCUGAUAACAAUAAAUUUUAAUAAACACAAUAUUACAACUACUACUACAACAACAACCACAACAACAAGGGCAAUAAGCACAACUAGACAAUAAAAACGAAAAAAAGGAUACCCCAGCUGGCACCACUACCACUACAAUUGCAAGUUGUUUAACCUGGGAAGGACUAGUCAACGUACGGCAAGACGUCGGUCGCUUCUUCAUACUACAGCGUGUUAACCACUAGCGCCACCGCUACAGGGGGUCGCGUUUAUUCGGCCGACGCUCGACUUGGCCAGUUUGUUGGUGUCGAUUGGAAAGCCGGCCCAUCUCAUUCAUAAUGCCGUUCAGCGGAAUUAUCAAGGUGAAAUUGGUUGAAGCUGUCGACCUGAAGCCGACAGAUCUGACCACGCGCCACCCGGCGGCGCUGGCGCUCGGCAAAAGCCAAAGCACCAUCGAUCCGUACGUGACGAUCAAUAUCGAUGAUGAGCUCGUCUGCAAAUCUACGACGAAACAGCGGACCUUAAAACCCGUUUGGAAUGAGGUGUUCACAACGGAAGUGCACGAGGCCGGUUCAUUAGGCCUAACGGUGUUCCAUGCCGCCCUGCCCUCCGAUGACUUUGUCGCAAAUUGUUCUCUCACCUUCGAUGAAUUUCUAAAAAAGGAAGAGAUGCACGAAAAUGAUAUCUGGAUUAAUCUCGAGCCAGGAGGAAAAAUACACGUCGUCAUUUCCCUCGAAGCAUGUGCUGCGUCGGAAAAGCCUCGCGAGUUCAAGGCCCGCGCCGCCGGCCUCAACCGGCGGCGUGGCGCCAUGCGGCGACGCGUGCAUCAGGUUAAUGGGCACAAAUUUAUGGCAACCAUUCUUCGCCAGCCGACGUUCUGCUCGCAUUGUCGUGAAUUUAUAUGGGGCAUUGGCAAACAGGGGUAUCAAUGUCAGGUGUGUACGUGUGUUGUGCACAAGCGCUGUCACGAAAUGGUGGUGACGAAGUGUCCGGGCAUGAAGAGCGACCAGCAGGAAGAUGCGCCUGCUGAAGGUUCAGGCUUCACGAUCAAUAUACCGCACCGGUUCGUCGUGCACAACUUCAAGCGGCCCACCUUUUGCGAUCACUGUGGCUCAAUGCUGUACGGCUUGUUUCGACAGGGACUGCAGUGCGAGGCGUGCUCCAUGAACGUACACAAACGAUGUCAGAAAAAUGUCGCUAACAAUUGCGGUAUCAACCCUAAGCAGAUGGCCGAAAUCCUACAAGCUAUGGGCAUCUCGGGGGAUAAGCUGCUUACGAAGCGAAAGAAAAAGACUUCGAUCGGGGAGAAUUUACCAGAGAACACGACCCAGGCAUCGGCGGAGGGCAGUGACGCUAGGAGCGAUUACAGCCCAGCGGAUAAUUCAGCCGAAAAGCUUGACAAAUUUAGUUCACUUGCUCUCGACAAAGAGAAGAAGUACUCGCUCAACGACUUCAAUUUCAUCAAGGUUCUUGGCAAAGGCUCAUUUGGAAAGGUGAUGUUGGGUGAACGUAAAGGCACGGAAGAAGUUUAUGCAAUCAAGGUACUCAAGAAGGACGUCAUCCUUCAGGACGAUGACGUCGAGUGCACCCUAACGGAAAAGCGCAUCCUAAGUUUGAGCGCUAGACAUCCCUUCCUGACGGCGCUGUUUUGUUGCUUUCAGACAGAAGAUCGUCUGUUUUUUGUGAUGGAGUAUGUGAAUGGUGGUGAUCUUAUGUUCCAGAUUCAGAAAUCAAGAAAAUUUGAUGAGCCGCGAGCGCGCUUCUAUGCAGCUGAGGUGACGCUAGCAUUGAUGUUUCUCCAUGAAAAUGGGGUUAUCUACCGAGAUUUAAAACUCGACAAUAUUCUUCUUGAUGCCGAUGGCCAUUGUAAAAUUGCCGACUUUGGUAUGUGUAAAGAAGGCAUUAAGGAUGGGGUUACAACAACGACGUUCUGCGGCACUCCGGACUACAUCGCGCCGGAGAUUUUGCAAGAACUUGAAUACGGCGCCUCGGUAGACUGGUGGGCGUUGGGGGUGCUCAUGUAUGAAAUGUUAGCUGGUCAACCACCCUUCGAAGCCGACAAUGAAGAUGACCUGUUUGAAUCAAUUCUACAUGACGAUGUUCUAUAUCCGGUAUGGCUAAGCAAAGAGGCUGUAGCUAUUCUUAAAGGCUUCAUGACCAAAAAUCCAGCUAAACGAUUAGGCUGUGUCACUGGCCAAGGUGGCGAACAAGCGAUCUUAAAUCAUGCUUUCUUCCGUGACAUAGACUGGGAUGCAUUGGAAGCUCGCAAAGUCAAGCCGCCCUUUAAGCCAAAAAUUAAAACUAAGCGUGACGUAAACAAUUUCGACGCAGAUUUUACCAAGGAAGAGCCAAUUCUGACACCAAUAUCCGUCGAAAUUCUACGCAAUAUAAAUCAAGAUGAAUUCAAGGGCUUUUCAUUCGUCAACGAUGAUUUUAAUCCGCAGCGUUUUGACAGUGGAGCGCCCCCCUAGGAUUUUACAAUUUUUUUUGUUUGUCUGUUAGUCCUGCGAAACCUCUGCACCGAUAAUAACAACCGGAACAGUAUGAGCGAGAUGAAUUACAGUUGUUUGUAUGGCAGUUCGGAUCGAUUCAAUAUACACAGAGUUGACCGCAAUACGAUGACAGAAGCGAAAGAAGAAUGAUUAUGCUAGGAACAAUAACAAUAGCUAAUAAAGACGGCAGGUGGCAUCAACAGGUGGAAAAAUUCAUAAUGAUGAUCGAAAAACGGCCAGCCUGUCCUAAAAGCUUUCGUCUUGGCUCGACCAAAAGAAGAUCCAUAUACAAAUUUAUAUGCAUACGCUAUAUCCAUAAGAUAUAUCUGUGUAUAUAUAUAUAGCUAUACAGAUACAUAGUGACCGAUAACUCCGUUGGCCACAAUACCGCCGUCGAUAUUAUUCCAAUAUCAUUAUAAUAUAUAUGCGAAAUAAGCAAGCCAUUCAGAUGAACCGAAGUGGGCCGCAUAAAGUUGUGCGCUAACGAAGUAACAGCCGGAGUAAAGACGGAGUUUUACGUUAAGAAAGCUUACUUGUACGUGUGCAACCGGGUAUAUAUAUACGAGCGUAUAUUAAGAUCAUCGUACCUUCAUAAACCAUAUGUGAAGGCAAAAAAGAUAAAAAAAGAAACUAAAUUGAGGUGAUGAAUCACGCGUUGAAAAGCCGAGGUCAGCAUAGCACUUCUUCUCAAAAUAAAUAUUCAGGGUGAAAACAGGAGGUAAACAUUAUAGACAAUUAACACCAACCAACACAUGUGGGUUACUGCUAUGAUAUUAUAUCAUGUUAUUAUUAUAAUAACAACAUAUGUAUACGGCAAACAUCAUCAUCGUUGCAGCAUUGAUGUGAACUGAGCUCUGGAUGGCGGCAUUAUUUAUAGACAAUAAAACAUAUAUAUAUAUAUAUAUAUAUAUAUAACUUUAGAUCUGGGGCUUCAUCUCAUUGAUUGAUUGAUUGAUUGAUUGAAUGUGUGUGUUCCGUGCGAACCCCGAAUCGGACAGCGAAUUGAAGCGAUGAUCGGGGGUGGUAAGGAUGGACAGCGAGUUAUGAAAUGUCAACAGUGACUUUUAUGUCAAUUCCAUGUCGAACUUGUUGCCGACUGUUGGAUCCUAGCGUUUUGUGAAUCUCCGGACAUCGGUAGUUCGCUGUGCUUGGCCUAACAACAAUAGGAUACUGCUCUUUUACCCCAUUUAUCGCCGUCGUCGUCAACAAUAAUAUUAGAAUCUCGAAGUCGGUCGCGGGCGGAUGGAACAUCGACGAGUGUUCGACAACAGCUCUAAACGCACCACUAAAAAUAUACGACGAGAUGACACAUACUGUCAUUAUGAUCUGCAAGGAAAGAUUAAUAUAAAUAAUUAUAAUAAACAAUACUACUAAUAAUGGUAAUACUGAAGGUCGCGUGGCUGCGGAAAUUUAGGAAGAAAAGUACGCGCGAUCGAACUUAAUGUUUACAAAAUGCAGACCUAAGUGAUGGUUGAGUUCGUCUGCUUGUUGAUGUCUGAAUGGGUGGGCGCUGUAAUAAUAAACGUGAUUGAACAACGAUCAUCAAUAUGAGACUGCUAUAUGACGAAGACGACAGAAAAUAGCCUCCAAUCGGACUAACUUGUUUACCAACGUUUAUGUUCUUUGUGCAUUAUUCAUGAAACACUGUUCCUAGCGUCACAUUUACAAUAUAAAAUUCCUAUGACGUAUUCAAUACCACGUGUUUGCCUAAGACAUCGCGUUAUAUCAUAACACAUUUGUGCAGUUCACAUGUCCCUGAUUUACCCUACAAACGCGAGCACGACAGCACGACUUCUGAAGAAGAGAAACUCAAAUAAUAUUUACUCGACAAUAUAUCUUCUCAUAAAUGUCAGUCUGAAGCCAUGAGCACUCUAGCUUUGCAGGUUCUCCGAUAGACGUAGUGAGUCAGCUCUUGCUCGCACUCUCGGCCAUAACCGUGGCCCCACCCCUUUGGACGUAUAGUGUACCACGUCGUUUGCCUCCGUAUAUAUACGUAUAUAUAAGUUAGCUUCGUAAAUCGCCUAUUAUAUUUUCUAAUAUUGUCGUAUUGAACUUUUUCAGUGUAAGAGUUCUAUGGAGUUUAUCGUUUCUGUUUAUCCGGAUUCGGUUUCGAUUUGAUUAACUAGGUGCGCUUUAAGGCUCUUUCAAAGCCGAAAAUCACAAUCUGAAAUUGGCUUAACAUCAUUUAUUGGUAAGAGGACGACAGUAAGCUUGAUUAUGAGAUGAUGCAAACAAAGGACAAAGCCUCUAAGCGUGCUAUAUAGAAGUUAUGACACACGUACACCAAUGAAAUAAGGACAUUUUGAUAGCCGAUGACAGAUUAUUUGGAAAGUACCAUCAUUUUUACAACCAUCUUGCUUGUAGACUCCGCAGGACUGGGUGUAGGUAAAUUUGACAAUGGCAUCAUCAACGCAUAGCUAAGGCUGAAUGAAAUUAGACAAAAACAAUGCGUAUUAGAAUUUCCGAUAGGCGCCUCAGGUCACUUCCGCUUUUUCUCAGUGCCGGAAACACAAGGAAAAAGAAAAUUCUAGUUAAACUGGACACGUCGGCAGUUUGCUUCCUUAGGACCGCUGCAAUAGACGAACCAAUUAUAUUUUAUUAUUACAAGGAUUCACUCAUGAAUAUAACGCAGAAAUGGGUCGUGUCAACUGUCGAUGACGACUGAUUUUAUCAACUAAUUGUUAAGCCAAUUUUUUAUUGCCUGAAAAUAUAUGUCGAGGCAAAUGCUUAUUCUUUGAAAGAAAAACAAGUUGUGGACAUGUGUUAUUUAAACUGGCGAAGGCAAAGCUAGUUAGGGACCGCUGACGCCACUGGGUUGCCCACGUUAACUUGGGCGGCUCCUGACUGACUGACUGACUGACCGCUGAACGAACGUCGCUGGUGAUCAUUGCAAACUUGAAAAUAUGGCAGUAACAGUAACGUUUAGUAAUACUAUUAUUAUAAGUUAACGAAAUGAUUAUAGGGAAUACUGCACUCCCCUGAUUCUAAUCAUAAUUCACAUAUAUUAAUUCUAUUAUUGUUAUACUAUGGACAAUUAUUACAUAACGCAUCAUAUAGCAAGCUUUAAUUAUUCUUAUAACAGUAGAAAUGGCAGAAUGCCACGAGACUAGGAAUACAUAUAGACUUAACCUACUAUAUAUAUAUAUAUAUAUAUAUAGACAUUGUUGUAUUUUGUGUAUGUACGUGCGAGUAUGUGCUAAAGGGCGCGAUGAGAAAGCAAGCUGACUGAAGUCGAGCUACGUGAAAUAUAACGGAAUGGGAUGUACGAUAGCUAGACUCAUGUAUAUGUCACAUUCGCCGUACGGAACUUGCACGGCCACUCAUAAGCAAGAACGAGAAACCGGGUAACAGAAUCGACCCUCGAACGUUUCUGCUAGGGACGACACAACUCGCGGCAGGUGGGGCAAGCUUCGCCCAACAGGUGAACAGAUUUGCUGAUUUGGGCCCAUCCCUUUAAUAGUAAACAGUGACGUUUAAAAGCUGCGGUAUUAGAGUAACGGCGUUCUAGAAAGAGAUGACAUUCAUGACUAUGUUGAUGAUGAGAUGACAUGUUACGACUAUUGACAUGAUAGUGUUAAUAGUAAUAACAAUAAUCACAGUAAUAAUGAAAAAAAUAACAACACUAGAAUAUCUAACACAUACAAGAAAAAGGUGAAUUAUAUUUGACGAAAAGGGUUAUAUGAACAGGCAGAGUGUACAUGACUGAGGAUGGAAUCCUAUGAUACGGAAAAGAACACAAGAGAUUAUCAUAACUUUAUUAUUAUUAUUAUUAUUAUUAGAUUAAUAAUAGAAUGAUGAUAUAAAACUAGAGAAAAUAUUACUUACAUAAUUAUUGUAUUAGCAACAAAAGCAACAACAAUAAUAAUACCGAUAACAAUUACCACAAUAAAUUGUACUAAAUGCCGACAAGUAAGACGUCAAAAUAAUGAAGAUAAAACACGGACGACGAAGCGUAUAAAAGAGUCGAAUAACAAUAACAAUGAAUAAUAAAAUCAAUAUAAUAACUAAUAACAAGAUAAACGAGUAAUAAUAAAUGAAAACAUAAUAACACGUUAAUAUAAAUAAAGUAAUACUACUUUAAUGCAAACGUGGCAGCAACAAUGAUGAUCGUGACGAGAAUAACAACUGAAUAGGAAGAACGAAAGCGAUGAUGACGAUACGAUUAGUAGGUUUGCAUUAACGAGUUCCAUAAUGAAGAUUGGGGUGGACAAGAAGAUAGAGGAAAGCCCAGUAAGCACAAAGAACUUUGAAUAAAUGAUCGCGCGUCUGGGAUGGGCAAAGUCUAGAAGACCAGCGUUAGAUACUGUGGUUAUACGCAAACGUGAUCGUGUGAGAAAGUGCGACGGCGUGACAUGCUGAAUGCUUACUCUACUUUGAAUCUCUUCAUUUUCAUCUGUCGAUGCUAUACGCGCCGCGUGUGCGGGUGGGAGCAAAUGCGUACAUUUAUGGCAGGUGACGAGGAGAGAUCGAGCUUUUAAGAAAUUAAGGCAUCGAUAUCGAGGAUCAAGCGAGACAGAGGAAAAGAACGUUUAGCAAUGUACUUGUAUUUGUCUAUGCGUAUCGAUGUCGAAGAGAAACAAUCGGUCCGCGAGUCGGUAUAUAUUACACACGCAAGAGAAAGAAGCUUAGCGUAAAAAAGCAAAAAGACAGGAUGAUACACGACUGAAGGACGGGGUUGCUUUAGGCGGGAUUGCUAUUCGGAAAUGAUCCUAACAAUGGAACCCGAAUCCAAAUUACAGUUGUAGACGGCUGCG